UUCACAUUUGGUCGUUGAGAGCUAUGGCGAAGCUGAGACUAGUUCAAGUUUCAAUCUUUACAGUGGUGUUGAUCUCGGCAUUGGUUUCAAUCUCCGAGUGUGCAAAGAAGCCGGUGACUGUGGCGAGGAAGGAGGACGUUCCCUUCAUCAAGUGCCAAGUCUGUGAGAAGCUGGCAGCUCAGUUGCACCACCAAGUUGAGAAGAAGAGAGCUGAGAUCGAACCCAAGAAGAUCUCGGAGUAUGAGAUCAUUGAGAUUACGGAGAAUGUUUGUAAUUUGAAGAAGGCGGAAGCGGAUUGGAUUUUGCUGAUUGAUAUUGUUGAGCAAGGAGAUAAGUUGCAGCUGGUGGAACAAGAAUCUGAAGGACAAUGCAAUUCGGAAUGCAAGACCAUCGAGCGAGCAUGUCAGGAGGUUUUGGGUUAUUCUGAUACUGAUGUUGCUGAAUAUCUAUACAAAUCCAAACCUGACAUUGGUUCCCUUGUUAAUUACCUAUGCAAAGAUCUUACUACAGCGUGCACUGUCAAGCCUCCUCCAGUUCCUAAGGAUAGGACUCCUGGAGAAGUUUUUGUGCCCAAGUCAUCGAAAGAGGCUGAAAUGGAAAAGAUUUUGAAAUCUAUGGAGGGUAUGCCAGGAGCCCCAGGCAUGAAAAUGUACUCAAGAGAUGAUUUGAUGAACAUGAAAAACUUUGGCGGGGAAGAAGGUGAUGAGGAAGAUGAUGAUGAUGAUGACGACACUCAGUUUCCCUCAAAAUUGGGAAAGGCUUUGAGAGAGAAAGAAAGUACAAAGACUGAUGUGAAACAGAAGAUCACCCAUGGAAUUAUGAAGACCAAGGACACACUAAAGAAGCAUGCAAACAGAGUCUCCAACUGGUUACGGCAAAGGUGGAGGGGACUCAAACAGGCAGCGUCAAAGAAGAGUACAAGGGCCAGCAAGGCAGAGCUUUAAGGCACCAAAUCACACGACUAUAGGAAUUGUGUUACCCAUUACAUUUUUGUUAGAAUUGCAUCAAUAUGAUUUCGCCUUUUGCCAUUUCUAUCAAGUAGGAGUUGAGGAAAAAUAACAGUGUCGUUGUAGUUUUUGUUUCCAUCACUCAGAUUACCUAACAACUUGAGCACUAUGAAUAUUACAUCAAUUUGCUAGUUUUCAG